UAUAUAUUAUACGGAAAACGACGAUACCGUAUCUGCGGCUGCUUCUUCCCGCCCGCCUCCGCGACUGCCUCUCCAUCACAGCUUACAGCCGCCGAAGCGCAAUUCGAUCUCUUCGCCGAUCUUUAGACGGAGAAAUCUAGGUCGCGAACCCUAUAACCACCAUGUCUCAUCGUCGCUCUAAUAUCAGCAGACAAGAUCAGCACACCCGAUACGUCCCCAAGACCCAACAACAAGCUCGGAAUCCAAUUGAUGGAUCUAACCCUGGUAGGUACCCAGUUUCUCUCUCCUCUUCGCUCAGGCAAUUGGAUUCCGCCGUAGCUUCUUCGAGCGGCGGGGGCGGAAGGGGAGGCGGCGGUGGCACUGGCUCCUCCUCGUCUGAAGGUAGGAUUACGAUGGGGGAUCAAGGGCAGUGGAUGUCUAGUAGAACUCCGUCUCAGGGCGGCGGGAAUUUCGUGAACUACUUGCCGCAGGAUGAGGCCGUCGCCGUCGGUUUCGCCGCCGAGGAUGGAGGGUCGGACCCCAUCGAAUCGCAGAGAGUGGUAGAUCUUCUCAACAGAGAGCUCACCAGGCUGCUAAAGCUAAGCCCCAGAGAGUUCUGGAGAGAGGUGGCUAGUGAUGCAUCGUUGCACGAUUUCUUGGAUAGCUUCCUGCAAUUUAGAAGCAGAUGGUAUGAUUUCCCUUUUCAUGGAGUCAAGGGAAUUGUUGCUGGAGUUAUUGUCGGAGAGCUAGAGUUAAGCCGCCGAGUGUUCAUGAUCUUGUACAGAAUAUCUUCUAAUAGGGAUCCUGGUUGUCGAGCUGCAGAUAGUCUCAGUCAGAAAGACCAUGGAGUUCUUUUGCAGGAUAAAAAAUUGCUUGAUUUGCCAAAGUUAUUGGAUAUAUGUGCUAUAUAUGGACAUGAAAAUGUGGAGCUUACAAAAUCCCUAAUUGAGAAUGCCAUGGAAGCCCAGCCUUGGAUACCUGAAAGCUUGAAUAUAAUGUUAUCUCAUUUCUUGGGUAUUCUGCACACCAUGUAUCACCGCUGCACCUCAUCUUUAGAGACCCUGUUAUCUAGUGGAAACAGUGAAGACCAGGGAUCCAGGCGACUUCGUACUGACCUUUUAGAGGUUAUGGACUUCAUUAAUGAUGGAGUCGUGUCUUUGGAUGGUUACAUUUCUGUACAUAAACCAGCAGCCUUUAUCUUGGCCUGCCCUGUCGAGACAAGUUAUGGGAAUGAUGAACUUCUAAGCAGCAUUUUGCGGUUGCACGAUUCUUUGCUCCCAUCAGUACACCGGGGGUUUCAGUUGUUGUUCAAGGAUGGAGAACAUGCAUCUCUUUCCGACCUUACUAUGAGUUUGAAAAUGUUAUCAACAAGGAUAGUAAAUUUUUGCUGGAAAAUAUUAGACAUUUGUUACCUGAGUGACGAAAUGUUUAAUCAAGGGACUUCAAUUCCAGCCGUCACUAAGAUGUUCCCGUCAAGUGUAGAGGAUCCUAUGAUAAGGGCAGAUAUACUGAUGCAAACAUUUAGGGAAAUAGGUGGGGUUUCUCAACAAAUGCUGGAAAACAAAAAUCGAUUGCUUCAGAAGAUUGAAAGGAAUUACAGAGUAAUGGAUAGACUCGUGGGUUUGCAGAAUGCAGGAUGGAUAUCGAUGGAAGAUGAGCAGUUUCAGUAUUUAUCGAUGAUCACGUCACACUCUUCUCAGACCACUUCAGUUAAGGAUCAACACUUGCUGUCUGCUCAGGUGGCAAACACAAACUCCAAACAGCUGGUGGAUGAAGAUGCUGUUGUUAUGCAAUCCAAGAUCAGUCAAAUAAAAGAUUUAUUCCCUGAUUAUGGUAAUGGGUUCCUGGCUGCAUGCCUCGAAGCUUAUAAUCAAAAUCCAGAAGAGAUUAUCCAAAGAAUACUUGAAGGAACGCUCCAUGAGGAUCUGAAACGAUUGGAUACUUCCUUGGAGACAAUGCCACAACCCAAAUCUGCUUCAACUAUAAGCAGCCAAGACAAAGGGAAAGGGAAGCUGGUCGAAUCUGAUGAUAUCAUCACAAGCUCUGUUCCAUACAAAGAGCAAGCCAUCAUCAAAGGUCCUUCUCCACAUGCAGCUUCUUCAGCAUCAUCUGCCUCGUCCACUAUGACGAUGGGUAGGUUUAUCAGAAAGGCGAAGGACGAUGCUCCAAACCAUGCUAUUCUCGAUGCGAGGAAUGAAAACGACAAGGCAAAGGAUGCCGCCUUACUUGCAGAGUACGAGUAUGAAGAUGAAUAUGAUGAUUCCUUUGAUGACUUGGGUUUCAGUGUGGUGGAAUCAGCUGCAGAAGAAAGCGAGAAGUUUGGUUUGGUUUCUGGAUCAGAAUCCGAUCCCUCUAGUGCUCGGAAGUGGGGAAGCAGAAAGGCGCCUCAAUUCUACGUGAAAGACGGUAAGAACUACAGUUACAAAGUGGCUGGCUCGGUUGCAGUGGCGAAUGCCAAUGAGGCAUCACUGGUGAGCCGAGCUCAGGGAGAGUUGAUACAUGGGUUGGGACAUGGAGGGAACAUUCCUCUUGGAGCCGUUAAGAAACUUACUGAAUAUCAGUCGCAGCAAGAUCACUACGGUCAGAAUGCUUCGCCCGGGGAAGAUGGAAGAGAGAAUGCGAGAAAUUCGAGAGGAAGAGGUGGACGAGGAGGUCGGGGAAUGGGCAGAGAACAGCAAGACAGAAACCUCGAUGCGAAAAGCUCGGAUGUUUCGGAAACAGAGAGCAGAGGCGGCGGAAGGGGACGGAGAGGCGGAGGCAGAGGAGGAAGAAGUCAUCACCAUAAAGACAGAGCAAUGAAGAAACACGUUGCCAGCAUUUCUGGUUUCUAGACAAAAGUCUUAGACAGAAGUGGACACUGCACAAGCAAGCCGCCUUUGUGUGUACAAAAGGUAAAAUGGGUCUUUGGUUUAGUUAGUGGUUAAGAUUGAAUCUGAUAAAUAGACGGCUGUGAACGAAAAUAAUAAAUUGACGGCUAAGAUAAAUGUUGAGAUUCGGUAUCUUUGUAUUUUUCCAUUUAAGUUUUUAUAUAUAUUUAAAUUAAUGAUUA